GUGGUGGUGGGAAGGUGGUCCUGGGCGAAAAACACCGUCCAGAAAAGCGACCGACGGGGCAACUUUACAUGUUUUUGUACAGUCCUUCCAUCUCCUAAACAAACCAUUAAACUCCGGAAUUGACACAAAAUGUCGCUGACAAAUGAAGUGACGGAUUUGACUUGUUGGUCCUCGGGAGUAAAGUUGGGAAAGUACGAGGUGAAAAUGGAGAGCCCAGCUGAGUGAGAGUGGGGUGAGGAGGCUGGAUUUGGCAAAGUUGGGAGUCCUGCCCUGCUGCUGCUAGCAGGCUAGUUAGCAUGCUCAGACACUUCGCUAUCUCGGAUAAAGCUUCCCACUGCUGUUCUCCAGCCUGUGAUUCUCCAGGGGAGCUGCUUUAUCUGUGGCAAGACCGCUGCUGACAUUGCAGCUUCCCCCAAUGGAUCGGAGCAUAGUUGAUGAUCUUAUUUUCUGUGGAAGAUCUGCCUGAAUCCUUCUGCAUUUUUCCUAAAGGCACUUAAACCUGUUUUAGAGAACUGCUCUGCCCCCCAGCCCAGAUCAAUCAUUUUUGCCCCGUGAGCAUCCAUAUAGCUGUACUCAUGCAGUUUUCUCUCAAACACUCAACAUAUUACGACAUCUGAGAUGGGGCCCCAGUAGGUUCUUAAAGGGGCUUGAGGUACCCCCUGCCUGCCGACUGUGCAGUCUGUGUGUGUGUGCGAGACCCACCGGCACAGGCCUAUAAAAGAAUACUGUAACAAAAAGAACCGGUAAUACAGUACUUGCUGAUGGAGCCGAGACACACAACGCGCUUGCCCAGAAUAUAUUCAUGAACUGUUGGACUUAAAGUGGACGUAAGUGGAUGUAUCGGGUGUAUUCAUGAACUGUGACUGCUGAUGCCAGCUCAUUGGGACGUGAGUGGGUGUAAUCAGCUUUAUUCAUGAACCCUCUGUCUGAGUCUGGGUACGGCCUGGAUGGUGGAUGUCCUGAGUGUGUUGAAUCAGCUGUUGCGGUGAUGAGGCAGGGCUCCUGGUGGCCUGUGUGGCUGGCUGGGCAGUGGCCCAAGGUGAUGUGAUGGGGUGCAGGAACAGUAAGGUCCUCCCUGAGCCUCCAGGGGAUGUUCAGUUGGACCUGGUCAAAAAGGUUGAUCCUCCCCAACCUCCUCAGACAGAUAUCUAUAAGCACUUCAUACGAGGGGAUGGCACUAGGAGCAAGAUGGGUGGGGCAGGUGGAGGGGGAUGUGACAAGGCUGACUCCACCUCCCCUAAUCAAGCCCAGGCCCAAGCUGCCACUCCCACCGCUUCCGCCCAGCCCCCUAAGGACCCAUCUGAUCUGUCGGACCCUCAGCGGAAGAAAGUGGCAAAAUAUCGGGCAAAGUUUGACCCCCGGGUCACGGCCAAGUAUGACAUCAAAGCUUUGAUAGGUCGUGGGAGUUUUAGCCGGGUCGUCCGCGUGGAGCACAAGAGCACGCGGCAACCAUAUGCCAUCAAAAUGAUAGAGACCCGUUACCGGGAGGGCAGGGAGGUGUGCGAGUCAGAGCUGUGUGUUCUACGACGCGUUCGUCACACCAAUAUAAUCCAGCUGAUGGAGGUCUUUGAGACGGCAGAACGUGUCUACAUGGUGAUGGAGCUGGCCACAGGAGGAGAGCUCUUUGACCGCAUCAUUGCUCGUGGCUCCUUCACAGAGCGGGACGCCACACGGGUGCUGCAGAUGGUGCUGGAUGGCGUUAAGUAUCUCCACACUUUGGGGAUCACUCACCGAGACCUGAAGCCGGAGAACCUGCUCUACUACCACCCCGGAGCUGAUUCCAAGAUCAUCAUCACUGACUUUGGUUUGGCCAGCAGCAGGAAGAAGGGAGACGAAUGUCUGAUGAAGACCACCUGUGGAACGCCAGAGUACAUUGCCCCAGAAAUCCUGGUGAGGAAGCCCUAUACAAACGCUGUAGACAUGUGGGCACUAGGGGUGAUAUCAUACAUCCUGCUGAGCGGAACCAUGCCCUUCGAGGACGACAACCGUAUGAGGCUCUACCGGCAGAUCCUCAAGGGGAAGUACAGCUUCUCUGGGGAGCCGUGGCCCAGCGUGUCCAACCUGGCCAAAGACUUUGUGGAGCGGAUUCUAACAGUGGACCCCAGCGAGCGUCUCACAGCUGGCCAGGCUCUCAAGCACCCCUGGAUCGUCAGCAUGGCUGCUUCCUCCUCCAUGAAGAACCUACAGCGCUGUAUAUCUCAGAACCUCCUGAAGCGGGCGUCCUCACGCUGCCACAGCACCAAGUCUGCCCAGUCCACUCGCUCCAGCCGCUCCACCAAAUCCAACAAAGCCCGGCGGGUGCGAGAGAAAGAGCUGCGGGAGCUGAACCGUCGCUAUCAGCAGCAGUACAAUGGCUGAAACAGGGACAGUGACAGCCAGCGGCUGUAACGGACCUUAUACUUUUAGGGGGAAACAGCACUACAAUGACUGAACUUUUACAAUGACUACCACCAUUCGAAGUUGCUGCCAGUGUUUGAGGCCAAAGUGGCUUCAAGUUCCAAAUCAUUGCCUUAAAAAAAGAGGACAAUGACUUGACUCGACCAUGGCUACCAGCAAAAGUAGAAUUAAGACUGAAAAGUAACUGCUGCCAGCUGAGAAUUCCUCUGGCAGCGCGUCUCCUGACGAGCACAGAGAAGGACACACCAGUAAAGUUUUGAACUCUUAAGGGUUACAUCAUCUCUCCAUCCAUUCCUUCACUUUUUCUCUGGCAGGAUGGUGCCUUCCACUCCUUUGCUUUUGUUCUUUCAAUCCCUGUGUCUCUACAUAUUUAUUUAUUAUUGUUGACAUGAUUAUUAGUCUCCAUUCAAAUGGUCACUGGAUAAUGACCUUCCAUGAGGAUCUGUUGAACAGAGUUCUGGGUACUGAAGUUUUUAAGAAGAAAGGGAUACUUUUAGAAGAGGGGGAAACAAUUUCCCCGCACUCAUUCCUGAUUGAAAAUUGCUGUGAAUUUAUUGUUGUACCAAUUGUACAGACCUUGUCUUAAGAUGUGGGUGAUGCAAGCACACUGCAAAAAAAAAACACACCCUUGAAGGUCAAAAUGAAGGCUUAUUUUUUAGUCACUUCUAAGCUUAUCUAAUCUUGCCAUUAUUGCUCUGUUGAUAUCAUUGUUCUAAAACUGUCAAAAGAUUGUGAAGCUGUUUUGUGUUAAAUCCUCAGUGUAUUGUAUUAGACAGUAGGCCACACAGUCCACUCCCUGUGAUUUUUAGACUUCAACAGAUUCAAUCAUGAGGUGCCUUCUAUGAUCCCUUCAAGCUGAAGAGCAUUAUUCUAAUAGUUUGCUGUCUUUAUAAGAGGAUGUGGCCGUUUAAGAUGUUAUGUGGUUUUACUGUUUCAUUGUUUGUGUCAGUGGGAAUGGUAAAUGUUGCGUGCAGCAAUGAAGGCAAAGAUCUCUGCUGCCAAUUGCACCAGCUCUUUGUAAGUUCAAACUGAGCUUUGUUUAAAACACAAGUGUUUACUAAGUGGAGACUUACACAUCACUAAAUUAAAGCAGGUUGCACCACACAAAUUAGUCCUUACGUAAAAAUUAAUAAAAUGUUGACUACGACCUGUAGCUAUCUCAACCCACUGACAAAGCUAACGUUAGCUUGCUAAUAUUUGACCCAUUCAUGUCUUUGCGCCUCCUAGGAUAGAGAAGGCAGGACCGGCCUUACUCUGCCACGCUCUGCCUCUGACUGGCUUACCCUAACCAAUCCCACUCUUCUUGCCUAAACCUACCCAACCCAACCAACAAAGGCAAUGAGUACUAGCCCAUCACAGGGAGAGUAGGGCGGGUCAUGCCUUUGAUAUCCUAGGAGACACAAAUUUGCGACACGUUCAAACUGAAGAGUAAAAGAGAUAUUUGACCCAACACUGGAUCAAAAUGCUGUUUGAUAAUAAUGUUAAAUGGGAAGACUUUAAAUUACAUUUCUGAAAAAACAACUUGUUAUGCCAAGACUGAUCAUAACUAUAGCUAAGUUUGUAUUAUCAGAUCUUUCCCACUCACUCAAAACUGCAUGAAUACCACUCACCCUGAGGCGCAUUUCUUCGUGUAUACAGAUAGGAAUAAAUCAAAAUGAAACAAUAAUACCUACUUAUACAAAGGAUUGGUUGUUAAGUUUAAAAUAUUGUUUGCCCCCUAAAAUUGCACAUUUUAAAAGUUAUGCUACAGCUUUACAAGCUUUAACAUUUGUAGUGGUGUAAUCUGAUUAAAUAAAUCACUAGUUUAAAACUAGCUAGUUAAAGAGGACAUCUGGUAUUUUUCAGCCUAGACACUAUUUUCCCACGUCUUAGUGUCUAAAUGACUGAUGUAGUCCAGUACUAAGAGAGAGUACUGAAGCCUGCAACAGCGAAACAGGCUACAGUGUAACCACUCAGAGCAUGUGUCCCAUUAAUUUAAGUCCACUAAAAGUGUUUUAACAGGCUCAGAUUAUUAUGGCAGUCUUACAGCAUUAUGAAAAAGACCCUACAGAGAGAUUAUAAUGUUUUUCCAUAAAUUUCACUGGUUCCUUUCUGGUUUCUGUCCAAGCCUCAUCAAAGGAGAAGUCUUGUUUUGAUAUUUCGCAGUCUUUUUCACAUUGUUGAAAUCGGCUAAUUAUUCAGCCAUGACAUUGAACAUCUUUUAGAUAAUGCUAAACUAUGCUUACUGUACUCCCAACAAACUCUUCCCAGCACUCUUCUCUCCAAGGCUCUGUCAUGUUUCCACUGUUAGAGAUAUUUCAGAACGAGACUACUCCUUAAGCGAGACUUGGACACAAAACAGACCAGGACAAAUGAAGAAUUUAUCAACUUCUCUGUAGGGUUUUUUCUCUUAUGUUUGUUUUAUCAGUCUAAGCCUGUUAGUGUCAAAAACAAGCACUUUAAAUGUACGUACAUUGAAGGGACUCAUCUGCCCCGUAUAAUUACAUUGCAGCCUGUUUCGCUGCUGCCAGCUGCAGCACUCCGGCUGAGUACUGGACCAAUUUUAAAAAGAGCUGUUCCCUCGAGUCACUUAGACAUUAAAACAUAGGAAAACAGGGUCCAGGUUGAAAAUACUGGAGUUCCUGUUUAACUUCGUAAUAGUAAUAACUUAACAGCUGGUGCAACCCAACUGAUAUCCAUAGUACAGCUCCAAGGCAGAGAAACCCAUCGUCCUAAAUUUGUUUACUACACAUGACCAAAAUGAAGGAAACCACUGAAGAUGAUGAGCAGCAUGAAGAGGUGAAUCAAAUGACCAUUAGUAUGUAUGAUUAUAAAAGAUGAUGUAUUACAAAAACCAAGCACACGCAAUCAUACUAUGCAUAUGUUUUCUUUUGUUUGUAAAGGCCACCUUGUCUAUGAAAGUGCACUUAAAUCAGAAUAAAUUCCAAAGGAAGAGAUAAACUCAAAUUUAUUAAAUCCACAAAAUUCAUAGUCAGAGAACAACAGAUUGUAGCUCUCUUAUGUCCUGCACAGUAUGUUUUUUGGUGCUACAGCAAUAAUCUGAAAUGAGAAUAGACUAGGGAAUUUGGUUUUUGUAACAUUAUGGUAUAGUUUUAAUAGUAAAAGGCUGCAUUACAGUAAAGUGGAUUUUCUGAAGAUAUUAAACAGUUCAAGCAAAGGGAAAUGCAAAAUGAGCACAACUACACUUAUCAUAAUAUCCAUGUUUAAAUGAUUUAAAAUGAUUCAUCUUCAACUUUGUCAAAAAAUAAUGUGAUAUUUGAAUAUUUGAUAAUUGAAGAUUUUCCUAAAGUAGCACAACUUGUCUGAAAAACAAGUGAGGAUUAUUUGCCUUUUUAUGCCUUUUGUUCCUCCUUUUAUCUGGCGAAGCACUUAAUCUCUACUGUUAAAUUGAAUUUUGGUCUAAAAUUGCAAUUUACCUUUAUAUCGGACUCCGUCUUUAUGUAUUUUGUCCCUUCAGAACUCCCCCAUAGUAAAUCAGUUGCUACAGUGUGGUCUUCUUUAUAUAAGCAUUUUGCUGUGAUCUACCCCAGACUUAUGAAGUGUGUUGCUGUUGUGAACUUUUUAACACAUACUGGAAAUCUAACCGAGCCAUGUCAGCUGACCUCAGUUUUUCCCUUCUCUUUUGUCUUUUGUUCUUUGCUUGUUUCAAGAUGCCCUGUCAUCUUUCCAUUUUCCUUGAUGUAAGUCAGAUUUAAAAUUUUGUUUUUUGUCCCACUGCUGUUAUCUGCCCUGAUGUCUCACCUCUUGGCGGGACUGAAUUGUUUAUAAAAGACUGUAAAUGACGCUAACAUUGGAACUGGUAUUGGUACACUCAGAUCAUCACUCUGUCCUACUGUUUUUUGAAAUUCUCCACCCAAAAUGUGUCUUUUUAAAAUCAAACGCACACUCUGUAAGCUUUAAAAGGUGCAGUUAAAAUGAAGAAACCAGCUGUGGUCAUCUCAAAACAAAGAUUUUUUAGGUGAGGUAUCACUCUGAGGUGUCCUACUUUCUGCAACACACAGUAUGAUGAGGUGACAUUAGUUCUGGUAGGUAGUUAGUUCAUUGAUUGCUCCUAGAGCAUAGCAUCUAUGUGAAAUAAACAUUUUUUAAGACUCAGUCACAAAGUAAUCAUUUGAACUCAAAGGAAUUGCUGUGGUUGAAGUAGUCAGCAACAUUAUUGAGUGCCUAUUGUAUACCAUGUUCAAUGAAUGACCCAAUCAGUUCAUUAGCAGUUUUGCAGAAUGUCAGCACAUUUGUAAGUCUGUCCUUUCAUGUUUUAUAUAUCUGUGUGAUUUUAUAUAAAUGCUGUCGUCCUAAAUGAAGUAGCCAACUCAUCACUGUUAUCUGAAAGCAGUUUUUUGUUAUUAUGUGUCUAAAUGAAUGAUAACACUUUGAUUCUUCUACCAUUAACUUUUAUUUUUCUAAACGGUGAGUUGUAUGUGCCAAUAAAACACUCGAACCUGA